UGUCAGUGUUGUGUGUAUGGCUCUGUGUUUCCUCUGUUCGUGAACAAGUUCGCUGAUGGUACGCGGGUGACGGCGCAAGUACUCAGCACAAUUGUAUUUUUACGAGCGGCCUAAAACAACGUGUGUUAUACAAUAUUCUUUACUUGUUGUACUGUAGACGCAUACAAUCAUUUUCACAGUUUUAUUUACGGAGCUUUAGGAUUUCAAUAUUCUGACAGCCUCGAAACGGGUUUGAACGGGUGUCAGUCCAAAUAAUUACUGUCACUUUCUUAACGUGAAUGUAACACACAUCAAGAAGAAGAUGCCUCUCUUUGGUAAAAAGGAUCCUGCGAAAAAGUCGAAAAAGGAUUCAGAUAAACAGCCCUCUGUAGAAGACAAAUACAACUUGAAGGAACUGCUAGGAACCGGUGCCUUUUCUGAGGUGCGUCUGGCCGAGAGCAAGGAGAAGCCUGGCCUCAUGUUUGCUGUGAAAAUCAUCGACAAGAAGGCGCUCAAAGGAAAGGAAGACUCCUUAGAGAAUGAAAUUAAGGUCCUCAGAAGGUUCAGCGAAACGACAACGAGGAGUGGUGUGACGUCUUCAGCAAAUUCCGAGGAAACGCCAUGGUUGAAACAUCCGAACAUUGUCCAGCUCUUGGAAACCUUUGAAGAUAAGCAUAAGGUGUAUCUGAUUAUGGAGCUGGUCACCGGUGGCGAACUCUUUGACCGGAUCGUCGAGAAAGGCUCAUAUACGGAAAAGGACGCAUCGGAUCUUAUCCGGCAGGUACUGGAAGCCGUGGACUACAUGCAUGAACAAGGAGUUGUUCACAGAGAUCUCAAGCCGGAAAACCUCCUCUACUAUAGUCCAGACGAAGACAGUAAGAUCAUGAUCAGUGAUUUUGGACUCUCUAAAAUGGAAGAUUCUGGUGUAAUGGCAACGGCAUGUGGAACACCAGGCUAUGUGGCUCCUGAAGUACUUGCCCAGAAACCCUAUGGCAAAGCAGUAGAUGUUUGGAGUAUAGGUGUUAUAUCUUACAUUCUUCUAUGUGGAUAUCCACCAUUUUAUGAUGAAAAUGAUGCAAAUUUGUUCGCCCAGAUAUUAAAAGGUGAGUUUGAGUUUGAUGCCCCUUACUGGGACGACAUCAGUGACUCUGCCAAAGACUUUAUUCGCCAGCUCAUGUGUGUAGAUGUAGAGAAGAGAUAUACAUGUCGCCAGGCAUUGGCACAUCCCUGGAUAUCUGGUAAUGCUGCCAGUAAUAAGAAUAUUCAUGGAACUGUAUCUGAACAGCUCAAGAAGAACUUUGCCAAGUCGCGGUGGAAGCAAGCAUACCUUGCAACUACAGUGGUCCAAAAGAUGAAACGGAUGGCUCUAAGCAGCACCAGUAGCUCUGGUCGCAGUCCAACGCCUGCUGACAAUGGUCCAAGUCCACAGAGACCUGGUUCUGACCUGAAUGGGAUGCAGCCUCCUCAGAAUGACUAACGCCUACCCUCCUACCGCCUACUUAUGUGUGCGACCACCCCAUCAGAUGCUGCGAGUGUAUGGUCACUUGUUACGUGUAUUUUAGGCCACUUUAUUGUCAGACACUACAUCUCUGUUUAAAGGCCUUAAAAUGUUGUACAUUUUCCCCAUCUGUUCUCAAAAUGAUGCAUGUUGGUGCUUUGUGAACCUUUGUCUUUGUAUAGCACAUUUUGGUGGGACAAGACAUGGGAGUUCCCAGUUUUCAUUGUUGGUUUUGCAUUUGGUUGGCUGCCCUACGUUCACUGGGUUUGUGUAGCAUCAUAUUUGCGACAUCUUCCAUGCUCUUCUCUUCAAUCUAUGCGGAGUCUGCUCUCCAUUUGUUGGAUGGAAAUAUAUGUAAAGAAUAUUAUAUAUACAUAUAUAAAGAGAAAUAUAGAUAUGUACUUGUUAUCAGCAUGUUGUUAUGCCAGUAAUAACAUGUCUGAAUAGUAAUAUAUUGCAAAAACAUACACUCUUUAUUUCUGCUGCCAUGAACUUAUCAUAUCUGGGGCUGUGCACAAUAUGAUGUCAUUAUUGAUAUAAUUAUUUUUGUUAAUAUUACACAAUAAUUGAGUAAAGUCUUGGUUUGGUUUGUUAAAAGUAAUUGAAUAUUCUAGCCAAAUAUUUUAUAAAAUAUUUAAUUAUAGAAAGUACCUCAUUUGUUGAAUAAUUGGAAAUAUUGGAAUAACAAAACAUCUAGGAUAGUAAUUUAGGUUUUCUGAAACUUAUAGCCUAGGCUUUUAAGGUAUGUUUCAUUCAUAAUUGACAAGUUGAAUCUGGUCACCUGCAGUCCACUGAAAUAAACCUAGAAGUUUAGGUUAAAAUUUAACUUCUUAUAUUGUCAUUGUUGUUGUAUUGUCCUACUAAGCUAUUCCAUAUCAUCAGCAUCAUCAUCAUCAUCAUCCUCAUCAUCAUCAUCAAUAAUCAUAGCAUCCUUAUACAUCCUUAUAAUACAUUCAUAUUCCUGUUCUUUCUGUUAAUGUUGGUAACACAGAGUUCUCUUGAAAAUGCAUUUGUCAUAUGUAUUAGUGAUAAAAAUAUAACAUAUUCCCCCAACAGAAAAUUAUCAGUGGGCUUCCAUGGAUGUAAAUGACCCCUGAUACGAACAACUUAUAUUCAUACCACCAUCUCUAUUCUUCUUCUUGUAGCUUUAAUAACUUGUUUCCAAAAUGUGGAAUGCAUUAUUUUUGGUAACAAGUAAUAUAUUAGUAUAAUUAGUAUUUGCUCUGAUUUUCAGUUUGUGACAUGCUGGAUUACACAGAUGUAUGUUGUGCCAUGUUGCUGGUAUGAAGAUGUGUUGAUAGAUCUGGACAGUAAAGCAUAACAUGAAAUAUUCUUUUAUUAUAGAAUAUACAGGUAUCUGAUGUUUGAGGACCACUGAUAUAAAUUAACUAGUUAAAUUUCAAAGGCAACUUCUUCCUCCUCCAUUUAUUCAGUACUGCUUCUGUCCCUCUUAAAAAAUUUACUCUGGCAGAAUCAGACGGUAUAGAAACUGGCCAUAACCUGGCAUGGUUUUAAUUUGUUAGGUGAUAAACUCAUUUAGAUGCUGGGGAGAAGGUACUUCUAGAAACAGACACCAAAAAUAAUAAGUACUGUAUAUGUUCAUGUCUCAGUUUUAGUACAGAAUAAUAUUUUAAUAGAAUUAAUAGCAAGUCUCUUGAAAAUGUGGAAGAUUUUAAGUACUUGGAAAAAGCAGGAACAAACUAGACUUAUAUACAAGAUGAAAGUAAGGUAGGAUUAAAUCUGGAAAUGCAUGAUACCACUGAGUUUCGAAUUUUUAUCUUCCUGACUCCACUUUAAAGCCUAGAGGUUAAAAUUUCAUAGAGGUGUAACUUCACUAAUGGAAUUUGAAUGCGAAAUGUGAUCUCUUACUAUAAGAGAAGAACAAAGAUUGAGGUGAACCAUCUGUUAACCAUCCAAGCCUUGUGGUUCUGUAUCGUAUAUACCACCUGAACUAAUAUUGCAUUCUGUCCACAAAAUGUAUUCAUAUGUUUCAUAUGGUUCUCACAGUAAACAGCAACUGUUUCCCUAAACAGCAUUAACUGGUUGAUCUUUUGUAACAUAGAUAUAAUGUGCUUUCUUCAAGAUACAAACUGAAUUUUUAUAUUUAUAUUAAAGAAAUUCAGUCUUUAAGGAGUAUAUGUGGACUUAAUAAGAAUCAUGUAAGAGAGGAAUGGAAAAAGUACGUUGUGAGAGCUUCACAGUAUUCACUCAUCAUCUAAUGAGAUUAGAUGGGCAUAAGAUAUAGCACAUAUAGGAGAAAAAGAUUCUUUCAUUAACAAAACCCCAUGGGGGGGGGGCCUGGGCACAGGUGGAAGGAUAGUGUUGAAAAUGGCACAUCUUGGAGAAAUAUGGAGUUGGUAUGAGUAGUGGAUUUAAUUAGUUUGUGAAUGCUCCAGUAGCAUACUUUGAUGAAUAUGGCGAUGAAUAUUUCAGUUUCAUAAAAUCAGCUAAAUUCCUAACUGGUUGAAUAUCAGCUGCUGUAGCAUGGUGCUAGUGAACUGAAAUGUUUAAUACCUAUAAAUGGAAGCAUUACAUUUUAUUCAGUGGAUUUUGGUAAGAUUUUAUUGGUGACAUUUUCUUUCCAGACGUGUAGUUUGAAGUAAUUACUGCAAAAUUUAGAUGACAAAUUUGUAAGCUCAACUAAUCUGCUUUUUAUUAGUAUGUUUAUGUGUAUGUGUAUACACAUUUAGAUUUGGUUUUUACUGAUCAGAUUAUUUCUGAAUUUAUUUGUGUCCCCAAAAUACUGAGACUUGUGACAUGUACAGUUCCUGUCUCCUAUUUUCCUCUGAUUAGUUUUAAUGGUCUGAUGUAUAAUAUUACGAUGUUUUGAUAUUUUCAAUAUUUCAGUGCAAUACAUACUCUUUCAUAUUUUUGGUAUAAUUUUUUUUUGCAUAUUUCAGUACAACGAUGAUGUUACUUAUGAGCUAGAUAUUGAUGAUUUGUAACAAAAUUUGAGUACUGUAGCACUAAUCAUAUCAGGAAUAUGUGUACUAUACAGUAGCAUGUGACAGCAGUCUGUGCUUCAUACAUAUAACUUUAAGAAGAUAAAAUGGUCAUAAAUCUUGAUUUGGCCAAGAAAGCCCUGAGGCCCAGAAGGUAUUGCAGUGUACAGACUGCCAUCAUUUGAGUGACAGUUACAUGAAUAUUCUGAAUUAGAAGCCUUCUUAGAGAAUGUCUAUGAUCUCUGUUACAUUGGUAUGAGCUUUAAUUUUUCAAGUUGACAUUCCAUAGAAAUAGCCUAAAAUAUUAUGUCCCACUUCAAAUGAUCUGAAAACAUAGCCAUUUCAUUAAGAAAACUGGUAAAAAAAUACUCUCAUAAUACUUAGAAAAUAUAAUACAAACACUGUAACUCUUCCUAAUACACGGGUAGUCUACUGUUACUGUCCAUCCUGCCUGCAUGGUAGAUGCUCCGGAUCAUUGGGCCAUUAGUAACAGAAACAUGAAACUGAAUAUUAAGCUGGUUUUAAGGUGUUCUCUAGUAAUUUCGUGUAUGAUUACACUUUUAAUGUAGUCAUGCAGUUUAGUUAACAAUGUUCAUUUAUGUAUAAGUUUUCACAUACGAAAUCAAACUGAAGGAGAGUAUGUAUUUCAGUCUGUGACUGCAGUGUUCACAGUGGCCUGGAAUUUAAGGCAGCAUCAUACGUAUGAUUUUUACAUGCAAGUUAUACAGGUGGACUCCUACACAUUGUGGGUGUUAUAUUUUCAUGUUAUUUGGGGAGCAAGUGUCGGUAAUUAAGAUUUAAUUUAAAACAAAUUGAGAUUUUUCAGCAGCAGGUAUGCUGUGUAAGAUCUUCAGAUUUUGCAUGUUUUCUGAAUUGUAUGUAAAUGCCAAUUCCAAAUGUGUGAGGAAAAACUUGUAUCUGCCAUGAACUAUGUAGAAACCUGAAUUAAUGACUUCGUUUUCACAUUAUCAGGAAUCUUGAAUUAUAUUCUUUUAACAGGGAAUAGUAAUGUUUCAAGAAACAUGAUUUCAUGAACUUUGGUAAAUAUAUAAUGCCAGCUGUCCCAGUGAGGAAUAGUGUACGUAUUUAAGUUUUGAUACUUUUAAUAUUAAAGGAGAAAAUUUGUAACUUGUAGGACCAUAAAAAGAAUAAUCUAUUUUUCUUGAACUUUGGCAUUUUUAAUGUCACUGACAUGAGAUUCAUUGCUUUGGUGGGUGCUGGAGUAUUACUUUUCACUGGGACAAUUGAUCUGAUGUGUGUCUUAAUAGGACAGCAGCAUGUCAUAAAAAUAAAAAUUAAAACUGUCACAUUUCCUUCAACCCUGACAUGUACAAUAUUUCCAUGCUUUUGUACUUUGAGUGGUCUUCUUUCAGUUCUUCAGUCCAUAUCUAUAUUGUAUUUGUGCUAUUAAUAUGACCUGUUUCAUGGUUGUGGGCCUAGUUUGCAUGCCUGAAUAUUGUACUUCAAAAUUUGCAGAGUGAAUGAGCAUAAUGCUUAAAGGAGUGCAAAUUCAAAAGAAAUAUGAAAGAGUUGCUUAAAAUCAACAAUUUAAAUGCUGUAAUGUGGUGAUGGCAUAACUCAUUUCCAUGAUAUUAAUAGGUAAGUAAAUAUACUCUUCUGUAAAUUUACUUUGUUAAAAUAUGAUUGUAUUUUUUGUCUAGUCAUAUCUGCCAGCAAAGACUUUAGUAUGCAACAUGAAUUAUCAAGUCAGUCUAUUCUUACAGUUUUUGAUAAGUUAUGCUAAGUAUUUAAUAGUUUCAGUGGACCAAGUUGAUACUAGGUCCUGCUGAUGAACUUUACAGCAUCUCUUGGACCAGAAUUGGUAGUCUUGUUCUUAAUUUUUAAACGAUACACUUGUUGAACUGUCCUGAAAGGCUGUGCCUUUUAAAUAUCUUAUUCCAAACUGUAACUACAAUAAGGGAAGUGAUUCCAGAUAGUGACACAGCAAAGACCAGAUCUGUCUACCUAAGUGCUUUAGCACAUGGUUGGUUGUAAUGAAGAAAGAAUAAGAAAUAAAGUUUAAUGUUUUAAUAUAUUUUCAGCAAGAAGCUAUUUUGAAUACAUUCCUUUAGGCUAGGAACAUGAGCAAAAACCUAAUCUGCACAGGUGUCUCUUGGUAGCUAGAAAUAAAUGUGAGUUGGAACUUGAUGUGUGAUAUUGAUGAAUGAGAGUCAGAAAAAUAUGUAUCAGUUAACAUAUCACAUGAAAUGAAAAUCAAGAUAAGAUAGUUCAAAUACUAAGAGUCAGGUAUGUCUGGUAUGGCUGCAGUCAAACAUGCACUCUUUAAUGAUCAGCAACCUCUUGUCUUCCUCAACAUGAUCAUUCUUUUCUCUGAUAAUAUUUAAACAUGAUAAAGGGAACGCUGCUUUUGCUUGUAAAUUGUAAUGGACAUGGACAACAUGAUUACAGUACAUAUUAAGGACUGAUUGCACACUGUAAGGAUGGGUAUCACAUGAACCUUUGCUUCUGGAGACAGUGAAAGAUGCAGUUUAAUCACUAUGAUCAUAAUUACUGGAUACAUAGUUUUGACUCAGCACUAUAUUCUUAUGUUUUUUUAGUGGACAAGUUCUGUAAAUUUCCCUGUUCUGUAUCUUACAGACUAUUCAUAAUUUUGUACAAUAUGAACUAAUGAGCUUUGUUCGCCAACAUCAGUAUUAAAAAUCAUUAGUAUGCAGAAGUAUUAACUGUCAGACUGGUAGGAUUGACUAUACAGUCCUGUAAUUACACUUGGGCUUAAUGAGUUUCUUGACUUUCUCCACUGUCUUAUAUUCUAAAAGGAAUACAGGAUCUGUUUCCAUUCGCAGGUGCAAGGGUGGACAAGUACAGAAACUAUAAGGAACUGGUAUGUGUGAUAUGUUUCACACAUCUGAUCACCCAGCGUAGCUUGGAAAUUUCUUCCCUGUGAUAUCGCCUUUGCAUGAGUGAGGUUAGCAACAUACAUGGAAGGAUGGCAGGAUCUGAUAGGCUCUCCAUGUGUAUCCAUAAUUUUCAUUUGGGGCUUCCUGUACUGCUAGGUAGACAUGAAAAUUUAGGUUUUCUUCUGUAUCAGUAUUUUUGGAUUUAGUUUUUCUGAUUUUGUUUGAUGGCUUUAUUUUUUAUUUCAUUCUAUGUCUUAGUCAUAGGGUCUUCGUGCGUAUUUUCGGAAUCUUCUAUUGUAAAUUUUCCAUUUCUCUCCUGCUGAAAAAAUGUAAUACCAGGUGCAUAUAUAGAUGUUAGCUCUGUCUGUUAAAUCCAAAUGAGUAAAUUCUUCAUAUAUUUGAAUUUGGAAGAAAACAGAUGCAGUUUCCAAAACAGUACGGUCUUUUUAGAAUAUUAGAAGAUGACAUAGUUCAGAAACUUAGUAGUCUGGAGUGUAGUGCAUUAUAGUUGGAAUGCUUUGGUUUAUACUUAGCAUUGUAAUUAAUUAAGGAAAAGACCAAGAGAAUUUGAAAAUUUUACAAAUUAUUCAGUGUGUUCAAGAAGUCACUUCAGAGUUUUGGAAGGCUGUAUGUUUGUGAUCACUAUGUGUGUUACACAGAAUGAAACACUGAAAUGAAGGUUCUGUGAAAGUAUUUGUUAGUAAAUUUUAAUGUGUAUUCCUUCAUGGUAUGACUGAUUUCCAUUCGUGCAUCACCUUUGGUGCUUUUGUUUUCACAGCUGCAGUGUCCCAUUCUUUUAGUUCAUCUAUGUUGGCCACCUUUUCACUAGACGUGUUCAUGACUCUUUUGACAUAAGCCCCCAAUAAAGAGUCUAAGGUCAUCAAAUCAUAGGAAGCCAAGUGAUUCCUGUGCGAAGGAAAUCUCUCAUUGAGUACUUCAUGAAUAAUGUAGCUUGAUGAAUUAGUACUUUAUCUUGCUAAAAUUUUUCAAUUUAAGUUUUCUUACAGAUGCAGAAAGGUGGGUUUCUGCAGCACUUCAAGAUAAAUUUUUCCAGUGAUCAUGGCACUUCCAGAGGAGAAAAGUCAUAUAACUAGGCCAUACCAUAAAUUGAUUUUCAACAGAGGAACACAUUGCUUUACAGUUGGCAAAACUUCUUGAAUUAACCUUCAUGUUACUGUUUUGUUUUUGUCAGUAUGCAUGAUGGUUAAGAAUGUAUAGGCUUCUAAAUCUUAAGUGAUUUUCUGGAUAGCCUUCUAUAUACAUAUGGAGUAGUAUUUCAAGUUUAUUAACCUUUAUCUUAUUACAUUUAAAGUUCACAUGUGAUCAUCCAUUACAAUAUCUGAAGGUUAAUAAAUGAGCUGUAGAACUAUUACAGAUUAAACAAAGACAGUGGGCUCCAUAUCUCACCAGGAAAAGAAUGUCUCUCCCAUCUUCCCUCUUCUAGGGAAGUGGGAAGAUUAAGUCAUACAUGCAUAUCCUAAAUAUUAUAUCAAGAAAUUAUCAUACUCCAUUUUGAUUCUUUCAGGAUUAAGGAUGAUCAUAGUUGUUAUUAUUAUUGGCUUAUUUAAUGAUCCUUUCAGUUGCUACGGUUAUGUAAUGUCAAAUGAUAGGAUUAGUGAGUAAGGAAUUAGAAAAAAUGUGAAAGGAAGCAGUAUGGCCUCCUUUAAUACGCUAUCCUGACAUUUGCCUGAAGGAAAAAAGAAAACCAUAUAAAACUCCACUCAGGAUAGCUGGUCAGCAGUUCAAGAUUUGAACCUGGGACCCUGAAUACAAAGAGGAGUGCUAACAGUUUGACUGCAACAUUCAGUAUCAUGAUUGUUAUUUACUUUAGCAUAUUAUGUGUAAUUGUGGAAAUGAAUAUGGUAUUUUAAAAUAAAUAUGCCAAAAUGUGGGUAACAGAAAUGAAUUCAGCAUGAGAAAUUAUUAUUUGAAACUAUUCUCUCUAUAUUUGAUACCAUAUUUUCAGUGUAUUAAGUAUACUAGGGAUCCUUAUGGAAAUAGUAUUGCAUAUCAGAUAUUUCAUCUCUAGUUAUGUAAGUGCAUACCGAGAAGCUGUUGCUGCUUUGAAAUUUGGUGCAUUCAUACUUACAGGGAAGCCAGCGGCUGAGUGAGUGGCAUGAAUUAUUUGAGACUCUUGAGCAUGUAACUUAAUUUUACAUUGUUUUCAAAAGAAAUUCUAGUAUUUAGAGGGGACAGUUAAUGAAUAUCUUUAACAUGGUGAUCAUCAUCCCAUCAUAUUUGAUGCUAUAUAACCAGUGAAAAUGAUGCAGAAAUGUUAAUUACCUGCAAAUUAGUCAGUCAUAAAACUUCCAAAUAAAGGAGUCAUAAUUCAUCAGAAAGUAUUUCUUCUUAUAAUAAACAACUUUUGACAUAUACAUUUUCCUUAAGCAUUUAGCUCAGAAUUGCACAGCAUAUUUCUUCUAUUACUACAUUACUGUAUUUUUCAUUUGUAGUUUAUAAAAUGUGAGAGGUUUCCGAAUAUCAGCUCUUCAUGCAAAAAGGAAAUAUUCUCAACUGAAGAGGAGGGCAAAUCCCUAAUCCUCCUUUCUGAAGCUGCCAUAUUUUAAUGUCGACUGAGAGACUGUUGUUUCCCUCAUAGUGUAAGAUCAGUAAUGUCAUAAUCCUUGAGUGAUAAUGCUUUUAUGUUAUUCAGUAAUUCCUUCUGGUGUCCCAUUGAUCAUGGCCUAUCUAAAAUGUCAUGAAUAAUUUUGAUUUGUUAAUAGUGGUGAGGGUUUAAGAGCUGUGUGUUCUUCAUCUUGUAUAUAAUGUUAAUAAAAACAGUUUGACUCUUCUGUGA